UUUGGCGUUGUGCAGGGCGCAGCAAUAAAAGCCACCACCUCCUCUCGCUUCACCGCCGCCGCCGCCGCCGCCGCCGCCGUCUGUCUCGGUUUCCUUUCGCCCCAAACCCCCGCCGCCGCAAAAACCCUAGCCAUGGACGCCGCGGCGCUCGAAUCCCUCAUCCUGGACCUCCACGCCAUCGAGGCCGUCAAGCUGGGCUCCUUCGUGCUCAAGUCCGGCAUCACCUCGCCCAUCUACCUCGACCUCCGCGCGCUCGUCUCCCACCCGCGCCUCCUCUCCGCCAUCGCCUCGCUCCUGCACGCCCUCCCCGCCACGCGCCCCUACGGCCUCGUCUGCGGCGUCCCCUACACCGCGCUCCCCAUCGCCGCCGUCCUCUCCGUCGACCGCAACAUCCCCAUGCUCAUGCGCCGCAAGGAGGUCAAGGCGCACGGCACCGCCAAGUCCAUCGAGGGAUCGUUCCGCGCCGGCGACACCGUCCUCAUCAUCGAGGACCUCGUCACCAGCGGCGCGUCCGUGCUGGAGACCGCAGCCCCGCUCCGCGCCGAGGGGCUUGUGGUCGCGGAUGCCGUCGUUGUCGUCGACCGCGAGCAGGGAGGCAGGGAGAAUCUCGCCGCCAACGGGAUCACGCUGCACUCGCUCAUGACGCUCACGGAGGUGCUCGCCGUGCUGCUCAAGCACGGGAAGGUGACCCAGGAGAAGGCGGAGGAGGUGAGGCAGUUCCUCGACGCAAACAGGAAGGUGGCGGUGCCGGGGGUGCCUGCUAAACCCAGGGUGUUUAGGAAGCCAUUUGAGGAGAGGGCGAAAUCAGCCACCAACCCUGUGGCGAGGAGGCUCUUUGAGGUGAUGGUGGCCAAGCAGAGCAACCUGUGCGUAGCUGCAGAUGUUGGGACAGCAAAGGAGCUCCUUGAGCUGGCCGAGCAGAUUGGUUCCCAGAUUUGCAUGUUGAAAACCCAUGUGGAUAUAUUAUCUGAUUUUACACCAGAUUUUGGCUCCAAGCUUCGCUCGAUUGCUGAUAAGUACAACUUUUUGAUCUUCGAAGACCGCAAGUUUGCUGACAUCGGAAAUACAGUAACCAUGCAAUAUGAAGGAGGAAUAUUCCGCAUAUUGGACUGGGCUGAUAUUGUUAAUGCGCAUAUAGUACCUGGACCUGGAAUUGUAGAUGGCUUGAAGCUGAAGGGUUUGCCUAAAGGAAGAGGGCUACUUCUGCUCGCUGAAAUGAGCUCUGCUGGCAACCUUGCUCAGGGAGAUUACACUGCUGCAGCUGUAAAGAUUGCGGAGCAGCAUCCUGACUUUGUGAUUGGGUUUAUAUCAGUAAAUCCUGCAUCUUGGUCAGUAGCACCAUCAAACCCAGCACUUAUCCAUGCGACUCCUGGAGUUCAGCUGGUUGCUGGAGGAGAUGCUCUUGGGCAACAAUACAACACUCCUCAAGCUGUUAUAAACGUCAGAGGCAGUGACAUCAUUAUAGUCGGACGUGGGAUUAUCAAAGCGAGCGAUCCUGCUAAGACGGCAUUGGAGUAUCGCCUCCAGGGGUGGCAAUCCUACCGCACCAGCUUGUUGUGAGCGUGUUUAAGCAUCCGAGUAUAAGGGUGUAAUGCAACUGAUGUGUAAUAAGAGCAUGGUCCCGUCGUGGCUGCGCUCCGUGUCCAGUAAAUGGACACACAUUGUCUGCUACUCUGCUAGUUGCUACAAUAAUAAUUUCCUUAAUGUUCGUUCC